AUGCUUUUGGCUGACCUUCGGAAAACGGCAAGCGCAAGCCCCAUAAAACAGGCCCGCCCAAUGGAGAGGGAGAAAUUUGAUCUCAUCAGCGAUUUGUUGACCCUGAAAGGCGAUCGGGCAGCCCCACGGCCGGCAUUGGCAGCAGCCAGUCGGCGGGGCGCAAUCGCGCUACCCCAAAAGGAAAAUUUUAAACCCCACCCGUAUGGCAAAGAAGCUCUCAUCAUAGAUUGGGGAGCUCUCUCAAAAACAUUCAAAAUCAACCCUACAAGGAGAAGCGGGAUAUGCAGCUUUCGGGGUGAGGGUGCGAAAAAGGCGCUAGCCGUCAAGGGCAUUGCAUAA